AGUCUACUUCUUCAGUGUCGCCCUCCAACGCCUCCCAGAGAUCAUUCGCUAAUGGCUCUUCCCCUUAUGGCAACAACAAUGUCCUUACCGGCCCCAUGCCUUCCAUGAUAUCCCCUGCCAUGGGUCCCCAUAAGUAUCACGUCAUGUCGCCCGUGGAGCAGCAGCAGUCGUACCGAUCCCACCCAUAUGCUCACCACCAGAGAAAAAACUCGGAUGAUCGUAGUCGCCAAAACAUUCAACGUCCGCCUCACAGUCCUCGGGCUCACCCUGUCCAAAAUCACCAACCCCCCAGGCACCCAUCCCUGGCCAACGGAGAUGUUUUGGCCGGAUUCUCGAACGCAGGGCGUUUGAGUCCUCUCCCAAGCCCUAAUGCUCUCUCUCCCAUCGAUGCCGCCUCUGCCGCGGCCGCCGUCAUGGCUGCGAGCUAUGAUCAGGGGUUUUACGCUGGUAACAUGGUUGGCAUCACGACCACGACGGCGUCCACGCCUACAGCAAAUACUUAUGGAGUGAUUUAUCAGCAGCAGAUCGAUCAAUCCUUCCAGUCGCAGCAACUGCAGCAGCAGCAGCAGCAGCAGCAACCACACCCUUAUGCCCAGCAGUCGCCCUACCCUCAGGCGUCGUUUUUUCAUCAGCCCCAGGCCCAGAUGAGUAGCUAUCGCACGACGAGCCCCUUCCCGCCGAGCCCUUUAGCCCCAAGCCCGAUUCAAGAUAGUCCACAGCCUCCCAGUCCUUUGGAUCUGUCCCUGGGAAUGAGCGCAAACUUUGGGUCGAUGGGCAAUAGCAGCCACCAGAACUUAUCGAGCCUCUUCGAUACGAGCUUGAGCAUGGGUCCUCAUGUCCAGCAGCAACAUCAGGCCUCAUUUCAUCGUCGAGAGCUUUCGGGUUCGAGCACGCACAGCUCCUUAUCUGCAGCCUCACCCGCGAUGAGCAGCCAGAGCAAUAAUGACAUGUCCACAGGUGGCGUCACGGGUACGAUGUGUGCUACCGCAGCCAACCCCACGCCCUUGGUGGUUACGACCACGAAUGAGGACGGGACCGAGGUCGGGGUCUACUACGCUGUCCCUACAGUGAAUUUGAACCCUGGCGCUAGCGACGCCGACCUGUUUCAGGACUUUACGAUGAUGGAUGCCUUGGGCGAGGACUUUGUAUGGGUCAAGAAUUUGUUUGACAAGUCCACUGAUUCGGCCUCUAUGGCGCCCGUUGGUAUCAAGGCGGAGGGUGCGGAGAACCGCGCCCGUGCUGGUUCGUUCUCGUCUGCCAUCCCUGCCGGCCAUGUUUCCGAGUCGACCUCCUCGAUGGACGAUCUUCAUCAGGAUCAGUGGUCGAGUCAGUACACGCCUCAGUCCCUUCAAGGAUAAAAAAAAAGUAUGGAAAAAGAGCAAAGCCGUGGGAUGUUACCGACCUGGGGACAGCGCUGUUGUCCUUUGUGAUCAAUUGUAUAUAGUCCUCUUAUUUUUAAUACGUCUUAGUGACAUUCCGUUUUAGAUAAUUAUUUGUACCCUGUCUCCUCUUUCUGGCGUCCUUUUUUUUUUUUUGCUGGAAAUGGGGAAGUUGACAAUAGAAUCUGUAUAUAGCUUCUUCUUUUAUACUCCCGUCUCUUUAUAAAAU